GGUCGUUUUCGGUCGCUAUCAUACUCAUCAUCAAACCGAGCAGUAUAUUGGCCUACGGCAUUACGAAAAUAGUCUUAACGUUAAACUGCGGAAUGAAUUCCGAGGACGAAUUAACAGGGUUACCGCCCGACGCUUCAGUCGAGUUUCCCUCAAGUAUUCCCCCGUCGACAGCAUCCACUCAUAAUCCAAAGCUGAAGAGCCGAGCUUGUGAUACUUGUCAUAAAAGGAAAGUCAAGUGUGACAACGCUAAGCCGUCUUGCUCCGAGUGUGUCAAGUUUCACGCGCAGUGUACAUACAUAGUGGCAGCAACACCAAAGAAAAUUACGCGCCGAAGGCCGAAGAGAAACGAAACUCUUGAAAAGAGGGUCAAUGAGCUUGAGAGUCUUCUGCUUCAGGCUGUUAACAGCCUUGAAGCCACAGCCUUCAACCAGAAUCAUACAAGUGAGAACACUUCAGUACAAGAGCUUCCUGCAGUUUACAGUUCGAAAAAUUCCUCGCCACCCCCAAACUCUACGUCAACCACCAUCACAAGCGAACCCAAUGCUCGAUAUAUCGAAACUCCGUUGUUCAAUAGAGAGCUUGUGACCUGGAUUUCUGGAUGUUUCAAGACUGUGUCUGUAUCAAGGCCGCCUCACGGCCGUACCAGCCAUACCAGAUUGAGAAGACGGUCAGAUUUCAUGGCUCUUAUUCGAUCUUAUUUCAACACCUACAAUCGAAUCGUCCCGCUCUUCGAUGAAGAUGACUUCAUGAAUAAAUUUGCCGAACUAGACAUGGACCAGAUCCGGGCGGAUGCGGCAUUUUGGACUGCCACAAACGUCAUGUGUGCCAUUGCUCUCCGCCAACAAAAUAUGUCAUAUUUUGCCGACUCUCCCAACAACCCGGACCGCGAAGCGUGGGAAUACUUGGACACUGCAUUAGACAAAGCUGUGGAACUCACAAUCCAGGGUAGCAAUGACCUCCUCGCCAUUCAGGCGCUGGUGGGAAUGGCUAUUUUCCUACAAACCGCGCCAGGCGCCCAUGCGUCAUCGACACUCCUUGCUGCUGCGAACCGUUUGAUCCUUCAAAAUGGUCUUCAUCUUCAAAAAGAUGAACAAUUUCCCGGGCAAUCUGGAUCUGAAAAUUUCCGACUCAUGGUUCAGCGAAAUCGUGUCUUCUGGAUAGCUUUCAAUCUGGACCAUGAUCUUGCCUCCCGGCUUGAAAGGCCACCGCUAAUACACGAAGAUGAUAUCGGCGCUGAUCUUCCUCUAUUGCAUCCAGAGGAUGGACUAGGCUGUAUAUCAUCUAUUGAUAAUUCUGCAAAGGUCAACUUCCUGCGGGCACGAUCUCACCUCGCUCUUAUCGAGAAUCGUAUUCACCGACGACUUAUGUCUGCAAGAGGGAAACGUCAAACAGCCCUUGAACGAGAGGCAGCAGUCAGUGAACUAGAAGCGGAACUUGACAAUUGGAAAGCCUCAUAUCCAGAUUUAGGUGUUACUCUCGAUUAUCUUGCUACAAAUCGAGCUCUGUGGGCGAAUUUUGAGGGAGUAGCGUUUCGGACGUUGCGGACCCUUUCUCUUGCAUGCCUUGGUUGCCAUACUAAUUUGCAUGGUUUAUCUUACCGGUCUCUACGAGUGCAAGAAUGGAGUCGUCCCCGGUUAUUGAAUACCGCUGAUCCAACAGAGAUCGACCUCUUGCCAUCAAUCUCAGACGUAUAUGGAGAUGCUGGACCUCCCAAUUGUUGUGUUUCAGUAGCGAGAGCAUCUUUGAUUCUACUUCAUCUUAGCCAAAACACUGAUCAUGCUUGUACAUGGUAUUCACUGCACCAUCUCGUUACAGCGUUGAUUAUCCUCGUCUCUAAUGCUGCAAGAAAUCCCCUGACUGAAGAAUCGAUGGCAGAUAUACAGCUGGUGCUUCCAGUUGUGGAGAUGCUCCGUCGAUUUGAGGAGGUCUCAAUGGAUAGUGGAGUAGAGAAUUCGAAGAAGGUAGCUGCUCAACUGGUGCAUGAGUAUGCACGUAGGGCGCUAUUUGACCAAGCAGGUUUCGUGGGGAUGCAAUCCGAACUUUGCAAAAUACCCAACAAUGUUACACAAUAAGAGACAUGAUUGAUUAAGGCAAUCGGUAUAUAAUAAACAUACUCGUACUAUGAACGUAAAUAAAAAGAUAGUUCAAUAGAGAGGCAUAUGGC